ACCGGCGAUUUCGCCGUCUAUUUUUACAAUGGCGCCGGUUACUUUACUUUUAAAAAUUAGUAUGAUCAUGUAAAGAAAAAUCAGUAAUGCAGUAGAGGCCUUUGGUUACCUCGUUUGUUUUAUUAAACGUUGUGAAUGCAAUAUCGUAAGCAUAAAAUUUUGAUGCUUUUCUUAUUAGAUUAUGAUCCCUUCUUUAAAACGCGCUGAUGAUUCCGGAAUCACAAUCGGACUGGUUCAAGUUUUACUAAGCGUUUUUCUUUUCCGGUUUUGUAUGAGGCAUAGGAAGCCAAGUAAAAUAUAAACAAAUUGAUGGACCGAUUGUUUUAAAGAUUAAUAAUGGCAUGGAAUUUUCCCGUUUCCAAAAUUGGAUGACGAAUUAAUAUUUGUCUUUUAUAUUAUAUUUCUUUGAAAUAAGGCUGAUCUUUUUUAUUCUUUAACACAAAUGAGGGACAUUUAUACCUCCCUGCACAGAUCAUUUAUUGUCUUUAAUUUUAUUUAUUCAUAAUGUCACACACACUGAAAACUCUCGAUCGUUUUUAUUCAAUUUGAUAUUAAAAUGACAAUCUGAUUUCUUCCUCAAACCGAACAUGUUGAGAUGGCGCACGGGAACGUCGGCCAUUCCAGACCUACAUGUAAUAUGCCACACAUACAUGUAAAGAAUUAAUGAUGAACGGAAGUACAAAAUGAAGUCUGAUUCAUUACUGAUAAGUCAGUCUGCUCAGGAAUUUGAAGCAAAUAUUCUAAGACAUGUAUUUGACGAUAAAGAAGAAAGCUUUUUAGCCAAUGUAAAUGACUUCGAGGAGGGAAGAUACUUUAUAAAGACAGAGUUUCAUAAGAAGUUUGUGGAGGCAAUAGAGGAUAACAGAGCAAAAAAGACUACCUUGAUCUAUUUGACUGGAAUUGAAGGUUUGGGGAAGACAUCAUCAGCGAUUUACUAUAUUUUAAAGUGUCGAGAAAAUGAUGACCUCUCUGUUCAUUAUGUUGAUGUAAACGAAAUUGAAAAGCGAGAUGAAGAUUUGGAAUUUUUCAUCGCUCAUUCAAAAAAGUUCAAAGAUAAUGACUGUAUUAUUGUUGAUCAUUUAACUCUCUAUAAUACACAUUAUCUAAACAAGAUGAAGAAGAUUGUGGAACGACAAGUUAAAAGACCAAAGUUUAUUCUCAUUGAAACAGGCUUCACUGCAAGUGCACAUAAAUUUACAGAAUUUGGAAGAAAAUUUCAGCUUGAUGAGGACUCCUUUGUAGAUAUUUGGAAGGGGUCAUUGGAGUACUUGAUUGCAAAAAAAGACAGGGAGGAUGAGAGUUAUGAUCAUAGACUUAGUCUAAAGGAAAAAGGAAAGGAAGUGUAUAAUGAGUUCUCAAAAGAAUACAUAAUGACGCCCAGAUUAUUGAACAGUGUUUUGGAGGAUAUGUACACGAGAACAGAUGGAACAGUGGAUGAUGCUUUUGCACAGUUCACAAAAGAAAAACAACACAAAAUCGCAAAUUGUAAAAGUUGUGAAAGUCCUGAGUAUUCCAGGUUUCAACUUCACACUGCUGUUCUGCUCAAUUUCAUUCCAAACAAAAGGGAAAUUAUCAUGAAAUGGGAAGAGGCACAGGAAUUUAGUAUAGGGAUCAACAUAUUUGAAGUUCAGUACUACAGAGUCCAAGCUGAGGAUCUACAAAGUAACCUUGAGUAUGCAAGGAUGGAUUUGGAUGUUGGUGAUCGUUGUGUAAAAAUUCGACAUUUAAUUCCAAACUUGGCAAACUGUUGGCGACGAAGGUUUCCGUAUCAUUUGGAAGAGAUGAUUCACAAUGCAAAAAUUAGUUCUGAUAAAAUGUUGCAAAUUAUGUUUCAGAAUGGUGGAGCUAGAAAGGAGUUUGAAAAAUUGUUUGUUGAGUCUCAAAAAAAGCAAGGAGUACUUCUGCCGGAAAGGGGUGGUAAUACAUUGUAUCAGCCAUCACAGACAAAACAAGAAGUGUCGCAAUCAUCUUGGAAAAUGAAAUAUAUUCCUGCUAAAAACUUCGUUGAAUGUUACACAAAAGACCUGUCUUUGCACUAUCAAGAUGUACCGAACAAUCUGAAAGGUCAUGAAAGAAAUGUUGCCUUAUUUUCUCUUUUUAUUAAACACUAUGCAAAGUCAUAUGAUAGAUUUUUGGUAUAUUCAAAAAUACCAAAUUUUAUGGGAAUAGAUUACUUUGUCUAUUAUACUGACUCUGAUGAAAAGGAAGGGUGUUCGUCACCUAAAAGGGUCAAAGUUGAGGAAAAAACAUUGUAUCUUGUUCAAGUGGCAACUGGUGCUAUGCAUCGAGGUGAUACAAUUGGUCAAGCUUUAAAUGUGGUGAAACAAAUUUUUGUGAAUGAAAAUGUUGCAGUUCAUGUUGUUGUUGUUGUUGCAAGUAAGAACCAAGAAUCCUUUACAUUGACAAAGUGUGCAUUUCAAAAGAUUUCUGUGCUGGACUUAGGUGAAACUGAAGAACUCCUUUUACAGCAAAACAGCCUCCUGCAUCAAUUUUAUUUGGAACUUGUCAGGUCAUCAGAGGCAGAACAUGUCUAAAAAUAGCUCAUUAGCUGAUGAUAAUAAUUUUUGGGAGGGAAUUCAGAAGUUCGAAAAUAGAGUCCAUCGUAUUCCACCAACUUGGUUUGCUUUUUUUGUCAUCUUUUAUCAACAAUUGAACACAAUACAAGACUCUUCCUUCUGAUCAGAUAUCUUCUGAACAGUUUGUGAUUUUGUCUUUCAUACGACAGGUUUCCUGAAUAUCUUUUUGAUGUUUAAAAUUUAUCAAGAUGAGAUGCACUGAUGUAGCUGUUCAAGAGUGUCUGAAUGGGAAAUUUUUUACUUUUUAAGGUGGUAUGGGACACUUCCAUAUAUUAUUAGUAUACCUGUUAGUGUCAAUAUACAUAGUAUGCAAUUUUACGUAAUGUAUUGCAUGAGUUGUUGUACUUGCAAUGUUUUAUACGUCUCUAUGUUGUUUCCAGCUCGUUCCCGUUUGAAUUAAUUAAGGAGAUAGACGAUUAUCAUCAUCUCAAGCCACUGUCCUGAGUACAAUUUUAAAACCAAAAUUAAACAAUGUAUACAUCUAAUAUUUCAUAUUUUUGUAUUUCAAAACUGUCAUGAAUUCCUUUGCAUAGGAAAAUACAAAAACUAUUGAAAUUUUUAAACCUUCA